AUGGCAAACUCACGUAAUAUUGACCUUAUUAAUGCGGCUUUUUCGGCCGUAAUGGGAACCCACAAGUUCAUAUCAGAAAAAGAACUUCAAGGUAGACAAGCCCGUGGUGAAACUAAUGGCGCAAUAUAUAACCAGGUUGACUUAAACUCGUUUCAUCAAGUCAAUCUUGUUGGCAAUGAUCUGAAUAUUGCCAGUAACUUGGACACUGAUUGUAACCGUCGGUGCGCAUUUGAACAAUCGAAUUCUUAUCUAGGACAAAUCUUUGUUAAAUCGCUCACCGGUAAAAUCAUAACACUAGAAUGUAAAAGAAAUGAUACUAUUGAAACUAUUAAGUUGAAAAUUCAAAAUAUGGAAAACAUUCCACCAAAUCAGCAGAAAUUAAUUUUUGCUGGAAGGAGAUUGGAGGAUGACAAAAUGCUUUCCGAUUAUAAUAUCCAAAAAGGAAGUACAUUGCACCUGAUUUUACGUCUACGUGGAGGUGGGUGUAUAAUUAGUUACAUAAGUGUGAGUGUUUUAGACCCGCGAUAUGACUAUGAUUUUACAAAUAUUAAUGAUAUGGAAGUGACAUUUAUGCGGGGAUAUAUACUAUAUAAAAGACCAUGUGGAUGGAAACGCAUCGCUUUAAAGGUUGCUGGAAAGUAUGAUAACGGUAAUGAUAAAUGGCUUGGUACCGAUCAAAAUGCUUGGCCAUGGUAG